AUGCUGUAUCCUGGUGCUGCCGCGCUGUAUCCUGGUGCUGCCGCGCUGUAUCCUGGCACUGACAUGCUGUAUGUUGGCACUGACAUGCAGUAUCCUGGUACUGACGCGCUGUAUCCUGGUACUGACAUGCUGUAUCCUAGUACUGACAUGCAGUAUCCUGGCACUGGCACGCUGUAUCCUAGUACUGACACACUGUAUCCUAGUACUGACGCGCUGUAUCCUGGUACUGACAUGCUGUAUCCUGGCACUGACACACUGUAUCCUAGUACUGACAUGCAGUAUCCUAGCACUGGCACGCUGUAUCCUAGUACUGACACACUGUAUCCUAGUACUGACAUGCUGUAUCCUAGUACUGACGCGCUGUAUCCUGGCACUGACACGCUGUAUCCUGACACUAACACGCUGUAUCCUGGCACUGACACGCUGUAUCCUAGUACUGACAUGCAGUAUCCUGGCACUGGCACGCUGUAUCCUAGUACUGACACACUGUAUUCCGGCACUGACAUGCUGUAUCCUAGUACUGACGCGCUGUAUCCUAGUACUGACGCGCUGUAUCCUGCUACUGACGCGCUGUAUCCUGGUACUGACAUACUGUAUCCCAGCACUGACACGCCGUAUCCUGGUACUGACACGCUGUAUCCUGGCACUGACGCGCUGUAUCCUGGCACUGACACGCUGAAUCCUGGCACUGACACACUGUAUCCUGGCACUGACUCACUGUAUCCUAGUACUGACGCGCUGUAUCCUGGCACUGACAUGCUGUAUCCUGGCACUGGCAUGCUGUAUCCUAGUACUGACACACUGUAUCCUGGCACUGAUGCGAUGUAUCCUGCUACUGACGCGCUGUAUCCUGGUACUGACAUACUGUAUCCCGGCACUGACACGCUGUAUCCUGGUACUGACACGCUGUAUCCUGGCACUGCACUGUGCUGUAUCCUGGCACUGAAACACUGUAUCCUAGUACUGACACGCUGUAUCCUGGCACUGACAUGCAGUAUCCUGGCACUGACACGCUGUAUCCUAGUACUGACACGCUGUAUCCUGGUACUGACACGCUGUAUCCUGGCACUGACAUGCAGUAUCCUGGCACUGACACGCUGUAUCCUAGUACUGACACGCUGUAUCCUGGUACUGACACGCUGUAUCCUCCUGUAUCCUGCACUGACUGUAUCCUGCACUGACUCACUGUAUCCUGGCACUGACAUGCUGUAUCCUGGCACUGACACGCGUAUCCUGGUACUGACACGCUGUAUCCCUGACACGCUGUAUCCUGGUACUGACACGCUGUAUCCUGGCACUGACUGUACAUGCUGUAUCCUAGUACUGACACGCUGUAUCCACUGA